AUGGGCUUCGUUGAUGGAGAGACUCCAUGUCCACCGGCAAUGAUUGAUGGUCCUCCGGUCACGGGUGAGUCUACGGCGUCCACAUCCACUCCGGUCCCUAAUCCAGCGUAUAAAGCGUGGAUCAAGCAAGACCAGACGCUAUUGUCUCUUCGCAUCUCAUCCCUCUCGGAUGAGGUGAUGCACCUCGCGGUUGGCAAAUCCGCCUCCAAAGCUGUCUGGGAAUCCAUUGGCGCGGCACUUGGCAGUUCCACCCGUGUGAGAACUCUCGGCCUCCUCGGCCAGUUCCAUGGUCUUCGACAGGGAGGCAGCAGCACGGCAGAGUACCUUGGGCGUGCUCAAUUAUUGGUGGAGGACCUCGCGCAUGCCAGUCGGCCAAUCUCCCUCGACGAGCAAAACAUGUUCGUCUUCCGGGGGUUACGCCCGGAGUAUUGGGCGAUGGCCUCUUCUCUGACGGCAGCGGGGAAUGCUGUCACCAUUCCGCAGAUUGCGAACUUCCUGCGCGCACAGGAGUUUAUACACGCCGAUGAGUUCCCGGCGGGUGCUGAUCCUGCGGCUCCGGCGGCGUUCUACGCUGGUCGUGGUGGCAAUGGAGGGCGCGGCGGUUCUGGUGGCCAGAAUCAAGGUCGCGGCAGAGGCGGCUCAGGUGGUCGUGGUCGCAAUGGCAGGGGCGGCACUCCUCGUUGUCAAAUAUGCCGGGCACAAGGGCACACGGUCGUUUAUUGCUACAAACGGUACGCCCCGCAACAACCACCGCAAGCGAAUCUAGUUGUUCCCAGUGAUGAAGACGCGACUGCCACCUCCGCUCCAGGAUGGUUCCCGGACACGGGCGCCACCACUCAUGCCACGCCGGACAUGAUGACGCAAUCUGAUGAAUACACUGGUGGUGAUGUCCUGCGUGUUGGUAAUGGCGCAGGUUUGACGAUCUCACGAGUUGGCCAUGCUUCUAUACCAUCCGUGUCUAAAACUCUAAAUUUAACAAAUGUCUUAUAUGUUCCUGAGCUUUCGGUCCCAUUAUUAUCUGUUUAUCGUUUAACGAAUGAUAAUCGUGUUUUUGUUGAAUUUCACAAAGAUUGUUUCAUUGUGAAGGAUUCGGUCACUCAGGCGGUUCUGCUUAGAGGUUCCACAGCGGGCAGAUGCAUGGAUUUAACAAGUGGGAAAGUCUAUAUCUGCCGUCAUGUACGUUUUGAUGAGGUUGUUUUCCCUUUUUCAGAAUUGACAGCAUAG